GAAGGUUGAAGUAUGGUUGUUGUUGAAAUGUUGACUAAUGUCAACUGAUGUGGAAAACAAUUUGAAACAAUAUAAAAUAUGCAAGAACAAUCGAAUAAUGAGGGAGAGACGAAUAUUUUUUCACCAUCUGAAAAUGUUUGUGCAGGAUGCCUCAACAUCAUUGACGAAGAGGAAUUUAUUUCAGCUCUCUGUCAAGAAUGGCAUAUGGAGUGUUUCAGGUGUUCAGCCUGCGAUGCAGCCCUGUCUAACUGGUAUUUCGAAAAAGAUGGUCUCCUUUUUUGUAAAGAUGAUUACUGGACUAGGUAUGGGGAAGCUUGCCAACAGUGUAGUCAGAUUAUCACAGGGCCAGUCAUGGUAGCUGGAGAACAUAAAUUUCACCCCGAAUGCUUUUGUUGUGGUUCAUGUAGUGCCUUCAUUGGAGAUGGAGAUUCCUACGCUCUGGUUGAGCGGUCCAAAUUAUACUGUGGUCAGUGCUAUAAACGUCAAAUGCAACCGUUACAGAAAUCAACGGGAUUUUCCUUCAUGAGAAAACCACACUCAAUUAGGCUAGUAGAAAUUCCAGGAGGACAGAAAGGUAUCAAGUUAACUAAAAACUCUGUCCAAAAUGGGAAUAGUCAGUGUUUUACGAUUUCAGAGUUGUUAUGGAGAAUCCAAGGAAAACUUCUUCGGGUGGCUUUUGCAUUUCUAACAUCUGCUUUUAACAUUUGCUGCUACUUAUUGCCUCCUCAUAGGUUGGAUAUGAAUAAUGACUUGAUGUCAUUACACAUUGGCGAUAAAAUUUUAGAAAUAAAUGGAAUACCUGUGAGAGAUACCCCUUUAGAAAAUGUAGAGAAUAUUCUGAGGUAUUCAGAUACAGUAAUACAGCUUACUAUAGAGCAUGAUCCAGAUACGAUAUCCAGAAAUAUCGCCAAAUUUACAGAGUUAACUCAGUCCAACGUUCCUCUAACAACAACAGCCAGUGAUACCAACAUUCCAUGCCACAAAAACAUUCCAACUGAUCUCUUAAAAUUUGGAUCAACCGAUUCUGUACAUGAUGAGCCUAAAACCAACACCUUAGAAGUUCAAAUACCUCAACAGCUCUCUUCAAAAGAUAAUUUAUCUGUUAGUACUGAAUCCAAUAAUAACAGUAAUAAUAUUGGUUCCACCAGUAGGACAGAUCAAAGAGAAAGGCUAUUUCGAAGAAAAGAUGAAGGUUAUAUGAGUGGAACGAGAUCUCGACAAUUGCGGAGGAAAAAUAAUUUGUCCGAGAACCGACCGAGCCUUGACAAGGAAAGGAGUUCUUCCAUGAGUCGACUUUUGGAUGAAUCACCCAAUUCGAAAAAGUGCUUAGAGUUGUCCCGGGCCUACUCCUUCUUAGAACCAAGACCUCAACAGCGUGUCUUCAGAGCAUCAGAUCUAGUGAAAGGAGAACUUUUGGGGCAGGGUUUCUUUGGGCAAGUAUUCAAAGUUACAACUAGAGAUACAGCUGAAGUGAUGGUACUGAAAGAGCUGUAUCGUGUCGAUGAAGAAGCUCAAAAAAAUUUUUUGAAAGAGGUUGCAGUACUGCGGAGCUUGAACCAUAAUAAUGUUCUUCGUUUCAUAGGAGUCCUUUAUAAAGAGAGACGAUUACAUCUUGUUACAGAGUAUAUUUCAGGGGGAACUUUGACGGAGUUAUUGCAUGAUUCAGCUCAACCUCUACCUUGGGAACAAAGGGUUUCCUUUGCUAAAGAUAUAGCUGCCGGUAUGGCAUAUCUUCAUUCCAUGAAUAUAAUUCACAGAGAUCUCAAUUCUCAUAAUUGUUUGGUACGUGAUGAUAAAACAGUAAUCGUUGCUGAUUUUGGAUUAGCCCGAAUCAUAUCACAUGCAACGAACAGUGCCAGAAGAGUUUCUCCAAAGAGUGCAAAUAAACGCCAAGAACGAAAAAAACGUUAUACUGUUGUGGGCAACCCUUACUGGAUGGCGCCUGAGAUGAUGAAGGGAAACAAAUAUGACGAGAAGGUUGACAUUUUCAGCUUUGGCAUAGUAUUGUGCGAAAUCAUUGGGAGGGUACAGGCUGACCCAGAUUUCCUACCAAGGUCCAAUGACUUUGGAUUGAAUCAAAUGACGUUCAAAGAAAAGUUCUGUUCCUCUUGUCCCGAGCCAUUUUAUAAAGUUGCCUUUUUGUGCACAGAUCUAAAUCCAGAUAAAAGACCCCCUUUUGAAGUGAUGGAAGUAUGGCUAGAAUCUCUUUCCAUGCAUCUGUCCGUUGGAAUGCCUCUUCCUCCGGACCUUCUAUUUGAUAUCCAACAUUAUCGAGGCCUUAGUCCAAGCUCAUCGGGAAGUACAACCCCAGAAGGCAUUCCUUCCGGGCACAGAAGUCCUGCUUUAGAGCCAAUAUGUGAAGGUAAAAUGGCCGAUAUUAAAAGAAGCUCGGAAAAGAUUUAUAAGAGCAGUGAAAAAUUACAGAAAAGUAACGAGAAUUUAAAGCCAAUUAUCAAAGUAUCUUCUGCCGAAAAUGUAUUGGACGAUAAAAAGGGGCGGCUCAAGCCCAUAAUUAAAGUUUCUAGCGUUGAUGCUUUGACUCCAAAGUUGUCUAACAAAGACGAAUUCACAACAAAAAGUUGUGAAAAUGUGUAUACAGACGAUAAAUUUCCCGCUGAUAUUGAACCAGACUCCAAGAAGUUCCCGGAUUAUGAAAAUAUCGAUUUUUUGAAAAACGAUGCUGCUUAUGCUGGAAUUGUUGAAAAACCAAUUUGUAUACAAAAGCUCAAUGAGACUGAAUUAAGUAAAAGUGACAAACACUCGAAUUUUGAAAACGCAAAGGAAAAUAUCAAUCACAAACCCAAACUAGGCUCACUUUCUAAUCAAGACAAUAAUAUGAGGGAUAAUACUCUCAGCGCUCAUUUGAGAAAAGUGCCUAAAAAUUUCACCAGAAAUCGUCUAGUUAAAGAAAUGAAAGAGAAUAGCAUUAAGAAUGACGAGAGUAAUCAAGGGAGGGAAAAACGCAAGUUUUUAGGCAAAACAAAGACGUUGGAAAUGAAACCUUUGCUCAACACUACCGCGAAAGUAUCGAAUCUGAAUUUAGAUAGCAUAAGACUGAAGAGUUCCACGGUGCCUUCACAGGUUACUGAAAAAUAUGUCGGUUCCAUCAAAAAUGUUAAUUUGAACAAGCAACACCCGGUGUCGCAGCCGCAAGUUACCCCUGUGCUUUACCAAAGAUCUCUCAGCGAUGUGGAUAGUCAUAUCAAUAGCUUCAUUCCUGAUUUGGUGUCGUCGACGUUUUCGAAAAACCCUCAUCCGACUAAUGUGAGAAACCCAUUCAAUAUUGGUAAACACAUUUUCAACCGCAGCGAUUCUACACCAACCACUGCGGAUGUCUGUUCAAGUCUGCCGCGUCGAAGAUAUACCAAAGAUUCAGAGAAUAGUCCUGUUUUGAAGAGAACUCCUAUUCUGCAGAGAAGAUCAGUUCACAAACAAAAUGAAGUGGAAACACACAGUGGUCUUUCUGCAAAGCAGCCCUCACAUACUAUAUCUGAAAGGUUGGAAAGUUCAGUAACUGAUAAGAACAGCAGCAGUUCUUUGAGUUCCGCACCUCUUAUCACAGUAUUAGGUAUAAAGUCUGCCAAUGAACAUGAGAAUGAAACAAAUUCAGUAAUAAGGACUUCAACUAGUACUAAACAAAAAACUUCCACCAAUACAGAUAAACCUUCGUUUUUGACUAAACUCACGCCUCUUUUGCAGAGAAAAACAGGUUUUUUGAAUAUAGAAAACAAUCCUGAUGAUCCUACCAAAAGGUCAUUGGGAACCGUGGCGAGUUCUGGCAGCGUGGUAAGAAGUAUGGUAGAGAAUCUCAACAAAAAAGGAGGACUUGGUUUUGGAAGUAGGGGAAAUUAUGGUCGAAGUUCUCUAAAAGCAAUGUGUACUUCAAAAAGCGACUCGACAGACGUUAGGAGGAGCUGUGGACCAUCAGACGAGUAUACGGCUUUAUAGUUCAUGAAAUCUCUUGACAGUUCACUGAGAAGACUCUCUAGAAUGUGUCUGGAGAAAGUAUAAUUUUACAAAUCUCUUGAACUACAUUUUGAUGAAUAACCUAAUUGGUACUUCAGGAGUAUAAUCUGAACUUGGUAAUGAUAUUUUUUGACAAUCAUUGUGUUAUUCUAAUGGUCAUUUCUUGUUAGCAAAGUUGAGAAGAAUACGUUGAGUGCUUUGAAAACAUAGUGUGGCUUUCAUAGUUUCAUUAAGGAACCAAUCUCAAUGAAUGAAAAUCG